AUGAUCCUUGGGGUGUAUACAAUCCUCUUCCUCCUUUUACCUUUCUCAGGAGCCAAAUAUUCUUCAGGUGGAAACACUGAUCAAAAUAAAUAUGAGUUCUGUAAACCAACAAGAUGCUCCCAAACGGAACCAACCAUUAGAUUUCCCUUCAGACUCAGAAAUAAUCAGUCAAGGUCUUGUGGCCUUGAAGGGUUUGAAUUGUCAUGCUUCAAUAACAAGACUCAGCUAAAACUUCCUUUCACCGGCGAUUACUAUGUUCAAAAAAUUGACUAUCUUCACAGCACUAUUUCCUUUAUGGAUGUGCACGAGACACCACGCUCACUGCAAAAUCUUCACUGUGCUAACCUCUCAAACUUCAAAUUCUUUCUUUCCAACUUCAAUACUUCGGAUUACACUAUCGUGUACUGCUCUAAAAUGAUCGAAGAUUCACAGUAUGUUGUUGGAGAGAUUGAUUGUAACAGAAAUGAAAGUGAUUUUGUUUACGCAAUAUCUGCCACCGAGUUAAUGGAUAAUCUGCCUUCAAAUUGCAUUGUAAAUCAAACAGUUAAGAGUUCCGGUUAA